AUGCCGGAUGAGUCUGGCACUCGAUUCCGCUACACCGUUCCAUCCUCUACAGAGGUAGAUGCAUGGGUCCAGGAAACUUUGGUGGUCGAUCCAGGGAGCUCCGCGAACGAUAUAUACGAAAAAGAGCAGCCAUCAUCCCUCUUUCUGCUCUUUUACCUUCCCCAGGCUCGGGAGUUGCUCUUCCGUGUGCCACAUUGGCGCAUUGAUGGCAUCGGCCUGAUGUAUCUUCAGACCGCCUUUCUUCGCAUUUUGUCAAAUGGUCCAUCCGAGGAAAUCCAAUUGGAUGGUUUGGAGGCAAAGUAUCUCGCUCCAUCUCUAGAUCAGGCUGCGGCUGUACAGCUUGAGACAACAGCAGCGACUUCUCAAGCUGCUGAUGAGGAGCUGGGUGUCUUCAUCCGCGGUUUACCAUCUAUAUCGAUCUCUACCCUACCAAAUCAUGAAUUCAAUUCUGAGACUUGUGGCCAAGGCGGCGGCAAGUACACUGGAUUCAAUGCGAUUGAUCUCCGCAAGUAUCUCCCGGUCCCUUAUAAUGGACCAGAGGCUGCAGCCAGCAUUUACCAUACUGGUAUUCCUGUCAGCAUCGAUCUUGCUGUACACAAAUAUUUUGAGUCAAUUGCCGCUGAGUUUCACUACGGCUAUAGACAGUAUGUUAACAAGGUACUUGAGCUGCUCAACACCCAGCCUCCAGAUCCUUUACACGCCCCUGCUCAUCCAGAGCUGAGCUCUAUUGGAUUGAUCAAUGAUCACCUGCAGGCAAAGAAUGAGGGCUCAGCAUCGACAAUUGACGUGGAGGAAUGGUGGGUUGCCAUUGAAGCUAUCAAUCGCCUCCUCCUCACAAACGUCUGGACUCGGAGCGAUAGGAUGUGUCUUUCCGUAAUCUGGAACGAGGCUUUCUAUGAGGAUUCAUUUGUCGUCAAAUUUUUAGAAGAGUGGGAACAAACUGUGUUGAAAGAAUUGGAUGUCAACUAG